AUGGAUCACGAUCUCGACAAAUUCCCGUUACUCUCUUACGUCCUUCACCAAUUCGACUCCAAUCUCUACGCACCACCGUCUAUGGCGGUGCAACAAACCCUAGCUCCUUCUUUUCCUCUUCUCUCCGACCAACAAAUCAUGCCUUCGUUGACUCAAUCCAUCCCCACCACCAUCAAGCAGACGCUUACCGUCUUGACCACUCUCGGAUCACGACCCGACCCGUUAGCUGUUUCCUCUGCUCGGUCCAAGAUCGCUCAGAUUAUGGAAUCUUUCUCGCCGGAGGAAGCGGCGAAGGAGGCGGAGAUGUACGCCGGAGUUGUUAGGUUGGAUGAAGUCCACGAUAGCUACGAGAAGCCGUUGAAAGAUUUGGAGGAUGAACUUUCUAGGGUUUACGCCAGAGAGGUUGAAUCGUUGUUGAGAAGCAGAGAAGAAGUUAACGAAGAGGUUGUUGCGGUGCUUAAGAAGGCGGAAUCCGGCGAAACCGUUGAAAAGAUCGAUCUUUCCGGUCAAGAACUUAAGCUUCUCCCUAAUGCUCUUGGGAAAAUCGUUGGCUUAGUUUCUUUGAAUCUCUCUUGCAACGAGUUAAAGUUCAUACCUGAUGCAAUCUCGAAACUCAAGAAGCUAGAAGCGCUCGAUGUAUCUUCGAAUUCGCUUGAAUCUCUUCCUGACUCUGUAGGAAUGUUGGUUAACCUUAGGAUCCUUAACGUGAGCGCGAACAAUCUAACCGCACUUCCUGAAAGCAUCGGGCAUUGCAGGUCACUGGUUGAGUUAGAUGCAAGUUACAACAACUUGAGUACGUUACCUACCAACAUCGGAUACGGAUUGCAGAACCUCGAGAGAUUGUCGAUCCACCUGAACAAAAUCCGUUACUUUCCUGCUUCGAUAAGCGAAAUGAGGUCUCUAAAGUAUCUUGAUGCACACAUGAACGAGAUCCACGGCAUUCCGAAUUCUAUCGGGAGAUUAACGAAACUCGAGGUUUUAAACUUGAGCAGCAAUUUCAACGACUUGAUUGGUGUACCGGACACAAUCACUGAUCUAACUAACUUGAGAGAGCUUGAUCUAAGCAACAACCAAAUCCAAGCGAUACCCGAUUCGUUUUACAGGCUGAAGAAGCUGGAGAAACUGAACUUGGAUCAGAACCCGCUCGAGAUCCCGUCUCAAGAAGUGGCUAACCAAGGAGCUGAAGUUGUUAGAGAGUUCAUGAGGAAGAGAUGGGCUAAGAUUAUGGCGGAGGAAGAACAGAGGAUCGGCGUUGAGGCGGAGCGGUAUGGAGAUGAAACAGGGUGGGUCUCAUGGGGAACCUCCAUGGUUACUAAUCUUGUUUCUGGUGUGACUCAAACCAUUGGUUUUGGAGGAGAUGGUGGAGUCAAGAAACCUGGAGAAUCCCAAUUUUAUCACCAAAUCUGA